UGAUGCGAGACCUGUCGAGUGUGUACGUGCGUUCUUGCUGAAGGAGGAAGAAGAAAUAAAUAAACAAUAAUAAAAGUUAAUUCGAUAGAAUUUUGUCUAAUUGUUGAGGAAAUACGUGCGAAAUAACGAAAAAAUCAGCCUCCAGGUGAGUCCCGGGGUACUCGUACUUCGAUUCCGCUAGUCGGUAACUGCAGUGCCAUUUGAAUUGGAUGGAAAAACAUAUCCCGGAAUCGGGACAUCAACAAAGAAUCAUGGAUCCUGCUUUUGGUGAUGCAUAAGCGAUAAUAAUAUGGAUGCGGUAAUUAUCAUCUCUGAUGGGGAGUUGAGCUGAAUUUCGUAAGUGAAGAAAAAGAACACGUGAAUGAUGCGCUUAAAAGGUAUCAAAGUAUCGGCAAUCCUCGAACAGGGGACCAAGCGAUGCCGGCGGUCCGAAACGAAGCAGGAGGAAUGUCCCAAAAAGAAAAAGCUUGAUCUGUGGAAAAAGAUCGUUUCAAUUUUGAAUAAAGCUGAAUCGAAACGAAGCGGUGACGAUGAGCGAUUGCUAGGGAAUCAUAAAACAAUGGUCAAGCAGAUUCUGGAGAGAAGGAAGCGAAGGGUGGUUUACAAGGAACGAAUGAUCGAAAGGGAAGAUGAUCCGAAGGAGAUUGAGUUGAAGGCAUUUAAAUUAGCACAGUCGAUAGUAAAGUCCAACCACUUGGUGGUCUAUACUGGUGCUGGCAUAAGUACUUCUGCAAAGAUUCCGGAUUAUCGUGGCAGCCAAGGGAUCUGGACGCUGCUGGCACAGGGGAAGGAUAUUGGGGAACAUGAUUUGUCUCUGGCUGAUCCGACGUACACUCAUAUGGCACUUUUUGAGCUGCACAGGAGGGGAAUGUUGAAACACGUUGUAUCGCAGAAUUGUGAUGGAUUGCAUCUGAGAUCUGGAAUGCCAAGAUAUUCCUUAUCGGAAGUGCAUGGAAAUAUGUAUGUUGAGGUUUGUAAGAAUUGUAAACCAAAUGUUGAAUAUUGGCGGCUGUUCGAUACCACCCAGCUUACAUCCACUCACAAGCACAAAACGAAUCGACGAUGUCGAAAGUGCGGAAAACCGUUGGUUGAUACGAUUGUACAUUUCGGCGAGCGUGGACAACUGAAGUGGCCAUUGAACUGGGCCGGAGCAACACCACACACUGAAAAGACUGAUGCCAUCCUCUGCCUAGGCUCUAGCCUCAAAGUCCUUCGGAAGUACACGUGGCUUUGGGCCACCGAUAGGCCGAUGAAAAAACGUCCCAAAUUAUUUAUAGUCAACCUUCAGUGGACACCGAAGGAUAAGGUUUCAUCUAUCAAGAUUAACGGGAAAUGCGACGAAGUGAUGAGACAGGUAAUGAAGAAUUUAAACAUCGAUGUUCCGGAAUAUACCCGCAUUAAAGAUCCCAUUUUUGCUCAUGCAACUUUACUACUGCCCGAGGAACAGCACACAGCCUCUCAGCCAAUGCUCAAGAAUGCUAUCAAAGAUGAAGCUACUGACGAAGGUUGUUCGUCAAAUGGAGUCGAUGUUAAGAAGGAACCCAGGUCGGGUAAUAUGGAUAUAAAAAAAGAACCAUCUUUCCAGCAAGUUCCCAUGCUUCUAAAUCCAUCCUGCCUUCUCACACCUCAGCAGCUUUACAUAAACAAUCUUCUCAUACAACAGCAGCUUAACAACUAUAACAUCGUUCUAAAUGCAGCCCAAUUGCAAAUGAAAAACGAAUCAAAACCUGACAUCCCAUCUCCACUAAACCUGCCACCAAAGCUACCGGUUCCGCCUCUGGUUCCUUGCUCACCGAAUGGCAUUCGACCAACCAGUCCACCGGUUUCAUCGCAUCAAUCUAUCCCACCAUCACCUUCUUCGGUCAAUGUUAUCAAAAUUGACACCGCUUCUAGUCUGUUUGGAAACCUACGUCAAAUGAUGAACACUAUAGAUCAAAACGCUCCCACCUCAGACACCAUACCUGCCACUGCAAGCAAAAUUCACAUCCUCAUGAAACCGAUCCUGCCGGCUGUCACGGACGUUCCCAUGCUUGUCCCACUGACACCGGUGAAAACCACUCCUUCCGGUGGGGAGGAUCCCAGUGAGCUUUCUUCCGGUUGUAGGAAAAGUCCGGAAAAGGGCGCAAUCUUGGUAUUUGAAGAUCCGGUCAAAGUGAGCGAGAGCCUACCGGAAUGCAUUCUGCAGGAAGAUGAAACUGAACAGAAACAAACUGAAAUCGGAAACAAAAUACAUCCAGCAAACAUUGAACGGAAGGAAUCGAUUACGAGCGAACCUGUUGAAACACAACAUCAGAUUGAGGGAAAGGUAUUGGCAGAAUCCUCAGUUGAUUCAUCCACUGCUCGAUCUAAUGGAGGAAUUGGUGAAACGGGCGAUCAGAUUGGAAAAGGUGGUUCGAUUCGUGUUCCGGAACCAACGAAGGUAACGUUCAAUGAGAUCGCUAUUUCAAAGGAAGGUAUGCCCAAGACUAGUAAACAUCCACAGUCAGCAGUGGAUGGUUCUACAAAUGAAGAACAUUAUGGAAAGGGUUCGAGUCCGGAUGUAGAAGAUAAAACCGUGGCGCGCAAGAACAGUAUUGAUGAAACCUCUGAAGUCGGUAAAUCUAAAACAGUAAAUCAUUCUGAGAGGUCUUCGGAAGCUUUACCGACAUCAGGAGUGGUAGCUCAUGCUAAAUAUGUCACGAAUUUAACGGGAGUCAAAGUGGCGACUGGAAAACAGAACAUUAUUCCAACGCCAAAACCACCUCGAGAGCCCACCACCAGCCAGCCCCCACCCAAUACCGUUAAAGUAAUUCUCAGCCACAGCCCAGUGUUUAAUUUGUACGAAAGUGCCCCCAAGUUUGUGAACGGAUUUCCUCCCGGGUUGACGCUCAUUAAUCCGAUCAAGUUUCAAUUGCCACUUAAAUUGCAACCAACUUCAACCAAUGCGCCUGUUACGGCCAAUCCUCAACCGCUAACUGGGAUAACCAUCCCAACGAAAAUUCUGGGUGAUAAUAACAGCAAAAAUGUCCCAACGCCACCGGCCAAUCCUAUCGAUCGGAAGAUUCUCGCCGCCAGUAGAAUCAUACUGGGAGGACAGCAACCUAUACAACCACGUCUGAUUCCACCUCCAAAGCCGACUGAUAUGUUGAACCUCAAGAACUUCCGGUUAAGCAAAUCGGUAGGAUCAGAUACCGAAUCCCCGGGCAAACAGGAGAUCUUGAGCAAUGCCAAGCCGGCUGGUUUGCAACUUCCGAAAGUAGCUAGUCCACAGCAUUCUCCCAAUGGAGUUCAAAUGCGACCACCGAUGAUAAUGAAUGGUUCCAUUUCACCCCAGCUAAUUUUCAAUGGAAUGCCAGCAAUCAUCACCACCAAUGCGAAUGCACAAAAAGCAAUUCCAGUGAACCCUGCCCAUCGCUUCCCGAUAGCUUAUGUCCUGAACAACGGCUUGCCAAAUCAAACUGGAAACAUCGUUCUGCUGACGGCACCUCCCAGGUCAGUCAGUCCUUCGAAGGCAUUCUCCCCAAACCUCUCUCAUGUUCCAAUUUUCAAAACGCCAACCAAAUUGCCACAAAGUCCCCCGGAUUCUUCGUCGGACCAAUCGAUCCAGGAGACACCGACAAAAGAUUACACUAAACCGGGUUCACCUUUCACCGAUGAUGACUCGAAUCAAACACCGAACAAGUCAUCACCCCGUAGAUCCAGACGGUUAGAAUCAGAAAAUAAUGAUGAAAAUACUCCCGAGGAGAUCACAUCGGAAAAAUCGAACUCGGAAACGGCACAGAAAACGGACGUGGAUUCAACUCCCGAAGCGACGUCUCCAUCUCCCGGGCGAACUCGUAGCUUCCGCAUCCGCAAAAAGACCGAUUUCCUCAACAUCAAACAUCCAGAGAAGAAACGGCCCAAGAAGGACACGCCGAAGGAAUUCGCGGAGGAUCCUAUUGAAAAGAACUCGGAUGGCGUUACGGAGACAACAACGACGACGAUGACAACUACGACAAUGACUUCGUCGUUGGCAGAGUCAGUUAAAGUACAGGAACCACCUAGAUCGGUUGCUGAUCAACCGGUGUUGCAAACUAUUGUGAUGUCACCUAGUGCUUCGAUUCUGAGGACGCCUCCAGCGACUCCAACAGGACCGACGCUGCCGAUGAGAAGUUUCCUCACGUUUUCCUCACCCGGUGCUUACCUUCAACAGUUCGUAACCGCACCGAUGGGCUGUGCAGCUGAAUCGGCCCAGGACAAGGUUAAACGUAUUCUGAACUACUGCAAGGUGCUUCAGGCGCAAGGAUCCGGCACACUGCCCCAGUGGUACGACGUGAAUUACGCAUACUCCGGACUGCACAGUAUCAUCCAUCCACCGCCACCGAAUGUGAACCUUUGGGGCGGCUCACCGAUCAAACGGGAGGUCGCUAUCGAGUGUAAGUUCUGCUUCGAAAACUAUCGACAGUACGUUUGUCAAUUUUACGUCCCGCAACCGGAGGAAUUCGCGAUUAAAUCGGCGAGACGUGGGAAGAUGAUCGUUUGCGAGUGCUGCGAUUUCUCCGACGAAGAGGAAGAACUACAGGAAGAGGUCAAAGAGGAAAGGAAAGAAGAAGAAGAACAAGGGGAAGAGAAGAAGCCUUUGGAUGAGCAAGUAGAAGUAAAAGAGGAAGCGGAUCCAGUUGCAUCGACUUCUAAGGAGGAGAUUAAGAGUGAGGUGGAAUCCGAUGAUUCGGAGGAUAAGCCCUUGGUAAAGAGGGAAGUUACUGACCGUGGAGAGGUGCAGGAGAAACGAUUGAAAGCCGAGAAGGAACCAUCUUUGGCGUGUAAGGAGAAUGCGGUCAAAGGGCCCGGCAAGAAGAGUCGCGUCAAGCCCGGUUGGUACGGUAAGGGUUACGGUAAGUUAAGGAAGAAGAAGAAACGCUUUGCCUAAGGAAAAGCGCAGAAUGGAUGGCAUUCAUUGCAUUUUCGACAGGAUUUCGCGUUUUUGUGUGUUGCAUUUUUUUUUAGUUUAAGUUUGGGCAUCCCGAAUAAAACUUUACAGUAUCAACAUACCAUGUACUGAUAAUGUUAUCACUGUAACCCAUUGUAAUUUUGUUGUAUUUAAACAAGACAUUUUUCCGCAGAUUUCUAAAUUAAAACGUGGGGCAUUUUUGAGCGGUUCACAGUUUUGUGUGGAACCGAAAUGGUCAAGUCCAAAGGUUGAAAGUAUCAUAAAUAAAGCUCAAUAAUAAUAAUGAAGUUGCGUGUGACAUUGGCAGGCGUAUCGAACCGAGCCGAAAACGCCUUUUGAGUCAUGUGCGUCAUGUGGCAAUUAUUGUACUCGAUCCCAGAGCGGUUUAGAUCUUAAGAGUAGGUCCUCGUUCUAAAUAAUUACGAAUUUUACUACAAACGAUCUCGCUUACACUACGAAUCAAUCAAAAUAGUUGUCCAUAUUUCGAACUUAUUCGAUCGUAAUAUUUUGAAUGAGGUUAAGCUGGUCUGCAUUGCAUCGUAAAGAUGGGAAAACAUUUAAACGAUUGUAUUUAAUACAACGUGAUUUUACAUUUCAAUUUUUAUUCGGGAUGUCAUCUAUGUUCGUUUGCAGCUUGUUUAAUUUUGUUACUCUCAGCAAUGCAGUUUGUUCUUGAGCAGUAACUAUAUUGCAACUCUUCGCAUGUCGGUCCCAUAGUAGUUUUUGUCAAAACUGUGUUUUUCAAUGCAAAUGGUAGCUAAUCACCCAUAUUUGCAUAAUACUGGAAAACUCAAUAACUUUGUUCUGAAAAAGUUUGAAAAGACAGUCAAAUUUGUUGUCUCAUCACAUAAGAAGCAAUGGUUCGAAUCAAGCCUCAAAUACGAUUUUCUCGGCUUGCUGAUUUUCGCCAUGGACGGACAUGAGAAGAGCGGCAGUACCUAUACAGAUGUGGCAUUACAGUAUAUCGAUCGAUAGAUUCGUAUUGUUUCCUCCAAAGUGACGGGAUAUAAUCGCGUGAUGGUCAUUAAUUUCCCCUCCUUCUUUAGUAUGCUAACAUUUGCCUUCCAUAAUCACUCAUAGGUAGCUUACCGAUUUUCGUUUUAAUCCUUAUAAAAACGUAGGACAUACUUCUACAAGCGUUGGAAACAACAAAUCAAUACGUACAUAUAUAGAAACAAACCCUGAUAAACGACGAUCUCAUAUUCAGAACAAAUCGAAAAUAUAGCCUCCACCACGUUUGAUUUAUAUAUUAAGACCGACUACUGGUCAUAUACUUUUCAAACGAUUCUGAACGUGUAAUUAUCGCUUGAACAAAAUCAUAAUUACAAACAAACAUGAACUGCAUUACAAAGCAUGCUUUCAUUAACGUUAGAAACGAAAGUAAACCAAGUUCUAUAAUAAUAAAAAAAAACAAAAUCAAUGUGUGUAUUUAAAAUUGCUCUACCUACUUGCUAGGGUGGAGCACCGAAAGUUGUGUACAUUUUAAAACAUUAGCAUUAAGCCGGAUCCGAUAUGUAGUGUUUAAGUUGAGGAGGGUCGCAUUUUCGCUGGGAGUAGUGUAGAA